GUGAGCCACUGCGCCCGGCCAAUUUUUGUACUUUUUGUAGAGACUGGGGUCUCCCGAUGUUGCGCAGGCUGGUCUAGAACUCCUGAGAGCUAAAACCAUUCUCCGGGCUCCGCCUCCCAAAGUGCCGGGAUAACAGGCCUGAUGCACCGCUCCCCGGCUGGGGGCGCCUUCUGUGCGUCUCGGGGCCGCCCCAGGCCAGAGGAGACCCUGGCCACUAGGAUGUGGGCUCUAGUCUCGAUGCUUCUCAGCUGCUGAGACCCUGGCGAGCCCAUUCCGUCUCUAGGUGUCAGGUGACUUGUCUAUAAAAUGGGGCCACCUGCCUGCAGCGAUUGUUGUGGGGUCCACCCCCCAGCUUGGGAACCCGCGUGCAGGCAGCUAGGAGGGGGCCCACAUGGACGGUGCGGGGGGCCCGGGUUCACCCCGACUUUUCCCGGGCUUCCUCGUUCCCGGGCUUCAAGUCUGGGCCUCAGUUUCCCUGCCCGUCCUCGACCCUCCCCACCUCGAAGCUCUGCGGGUAAGGAAGGACCCUGACUGGGGCGAACGGGACGCCAGGGCGGGGUUUCUCUUGCGGGGGCGGGGCCUCCGGACCGGCCGGAGCCGGUUUGGCCACCGGAGACCCCCAUCGGGCAGCCGCCAGGCCCCACUCGCUCGCGGUCUCCGCGCCCCGACGGCUGCGCCAUGUGUAUCUGCGGGACGGCGCACCCGGCGCUGGACGAGGGCCCCGUGCGCUGCCGGGCGGGUCCCCGAGACCUCCUUGAGGCCCGCCGCCCGCUGGCCCACGAGUGCCUGGGUGAGGCCCUGCGUGUCAUGCGUCAGAUCAUCUCCAAGUACCCGCUGCUGAACACCGUGGAGACGCUCACGGCAGCCGGCACCCUCAUUGCCAAGGUCAAAGCCUUCCAUUACGAGAGCAACAAUGAUCUGGAGAAACAGGAGUUUGAGAAGGCCCUGGAGACGAUUGCUGUGGCCUUCAGUAGCACGGUGUCCGAGUUCCUCAUGGGUGAAGUGGACAGCAGCACCCUCCUAGCAGUGCCUCCCGGGGACUCGAGCCAGUCCAUGGAAAGCCUGUACGGACCGGGCAGUGAGGGUACCCCUCCCAGUCUUGACGACUGCGAUGCCGGCUGCCUGCCCGCCGAGGAGGUGGACGUGCUGCUGCAGCGCUGUGAGGGGGGCGUGGAUGCUGCGCUCCUGUAUGCCAAGAACAUGGCCAAGUACAUGAAGGACCUCAUCAGCUAUCUGGAGAAGCGGACGACGCUGGAGAUGGAGUUUGCCAAGGGCCUGCAGAAGAUCGCUCACAACUGCAGACAGAGCAUUGUGCAAGAGCUCCACAUGCCGCUCCUGUCCAUCUACUCGCUGGCCCUGGAGCAGGACCUGGAGUUCGGCCACGGCAUGGUGCAGGCGGUGGGCACCUUGCAGACCCAGACCUUCAUGCAGCCCCUGACCCUGCGGCGGCUUGAACACGAGAAGCGCAGGAAGGAGAUCAAGGAGGCCUGGCACCGCGCCCAGAGGAAGCUGCAAGAGGCAGAGUCUAACCUGCGCAAGGCCAAGCAGGGUUACACGCAGCGCUGCGAGGACCACGACAAAGCUCGCUUCCUCGUGGCCAAGGCAGAGGAGGAGCAGGCUGGCACCACGCCGGGAGCCGGCAGCACAGUCACCAAGACGCUGGACAAGCGGCGGCGGCUGGAGGAGGAGGCCAAGAACAAGGCGGAGGAAGCUAUGGCCACCUACCGCACCUGCGUGGCCGACGCGAAGACGCAGAAGCAGGAGCUGGAGGAUACCAAGGUGACGACGCUGCGGCAUAUCCAAGAGGUCAUCCGGCAGAGCGACCAGACCAUCAAGACGGCCACCAUCUCCUACUAUCAGAUGAUGCAUAUGCAGACGGCGCCGCUGCCCGUGCACUUCCAGAUGCUGUGUGAGAGCAGCAAGCUGUACGACCCGGGCCAGCAGUACGCCUCGCACGUGCGCCAGCUGCAGCGGGACCAGGAGCCCGAUGUGCACUACGACUUUGAGCCCCACGUCUCCGCCAACGCCUGGUCCCCAGUCCUGCGUGCCCGGAAGAGCAGCUUCCACGUGAGUGAUGUGGCGGGGCCCGAGGCUGCCGGAAGCCCCCCAGAGGAAGGCGGUUGCAUUGAGGGCGCACCUGCCAAGGAGCGCCGGGCCGGGCGAGGACACCAGGUUCACAAGUCAUGGCCGCUCUCGAUCGCAGACUCGGACGGUGGGCUGGACCCCGGCCCUGGCACAGGGGACUUUAAGAAGUUUGAGCGGACGUCAUCCAGUGGCACCAUGUCGUCCACGGAGGAGCUGGUGGACCCGGAUGGUGGAGCUGGGCCUUCAGCCUUCGAGCAGGCUGACCUCAACGGCAUGACCCCUGAGCUGCCAGUGGCUGUGCCCAGUGGGCCGUUCCGCCACGAGGGGCUGUCCAAGGCGGCCCGUACUCACCGGCUCCGGAAGCUCCGCACGCCCGCCAAGUGCCGCGAGUGCAACAGCUACGUCUACUUCCAGGGUGCUGAGUGCGAGGAGUGCUGUCUGGCCUGCCACAAAAAAUGUCUGGAGACGCUGGCCAUACAGUGCGGGCACAAGAAGCUGCAGGGCCGCCUGCAGCUGUUCGGCCAGGACUUCAGCCAGGCGGCCCGCAGUGCCCACGACGGCGUGCCCUUCAUUGUCAAGAAGUGCGUCUGCGAGAUCGAGCGGCGGGCGCUGCGCACCAAGGGCAUCUACCGGGUCAAUGGGGUAAAGACGCGCGUGGAGAAGCUAUGCCAGGCCUUUGAGAACGGCAAGGAGCUGGUCGAGUUGUCGCAGGCCUCUCCCCACGACAUCAGCAACGUUCUCAAGCUCUACCUGCGCCAGCUUCCCGAGCCGCUCAUCUCCUUCCGCCUCUACCACGAGCUCGUGGGGCUGGCUAAGGACAGCCUGAAGGCAGAGGCCGAGGCCAAGGCGGCGUCCCGGGGCCGUCAGGACGGCUCGGAGAGCGAGGCAGUGGCGGUGGCCAUGGCAGGUCGGCUGCGGGAGCUCCUGCGGGACCUGCCGUCCGAGAACCGGGCCUCGCUGCAGUACCUGCUGCGGCACCUACGCAGGAUCGUGGAGGUGGAGCAGGACAACAAGAUGACCCCUGGGAACCUGGGCAUCGUGUUCGGGCCCACGCUGCUGCGGCCACGGCCCACCGAGGCCACCGUGUCUCUCUCCUCCCUGGUGGAUUACCCCCACCAGGCCCGCGUCAUUGAGACUCUCAUCGUCCACUAUGGGCUGGUCUUCGAGGAGAAGCCGGAGGAGACCCCCGGGGGCCAGGACGAGUCAUCCAGCCAGCGAGCUGAGGUGGUCAUCCAGGUGCCAUACCUGGAAGCGGGCGAGGGGGUGGCCUACCCCCUGCAGGAGGCUGCGGAGGACGGGUGCAGAGAAUCCCGAGUUGUGUCCAACGACUCAGACUCGGACCUAGAGGAGGCCUCCGAGCUGCUGUCCUCAUCAGAGGCCAGUGCCCUGCGCCGCCUCAGCUUCCUGGAGCAGCAGCAGAGCGAGGCCAGCCUGGAGGAGGCUUCUGGCAGCCACAGCGGCAGCGAGGAGCAGCUGGAGGCCACCGCCCGGGAGGACGGGAACGAGGACAACCCGGCCCAGCAGCCCUCAGGAUUCAACACAAACCAGUCCAACAACGUGCUGCAGGCCCCACUGCCCACUGGGAGGCUCCGUGGCGGGCAGAUUGCGCUGGGCUCCUGCAGGGAGAGGCAGCCUGAGUUCGUGUGAGCUGGGGCGGGGCCGGGACCACAGGUGGCUUCUCUCGCCUGCUCCUGUCCCUCCAGGGCGCCUCCAGCGCCGGCAUAGCUUAGCUGCGCCGUCCUGGGGUCGCUGCCGAGCGCGCCUGGACUUGGUUGUCCUGCCAGCAUGCGCCUCCUCCCAGAAGCUUCCAGGAGCAAAAGGGCCCUGGGGCCACGGGGUGCGCCCUGCGCUCUCCCCUGCACCCCGGCUCAGCUGAGCUGAGGGACACUGCUGCCUCAUGAAGUCGCAGUGGCCUUGUUGGUGCCCACAGGGCUGUGUGGAUGGAGGAAGCGGUCCCUGCCCGGCGCAUGCCCCUGGUCAUCACAGGGACGGUGGCCCUGCCCCGCCUCUCACAGCUCUGUCGCAGGGACUCCGGAAACCAUUCUGGGAGCCGUGGAUGGGGGCGGAGGCUGGGGUCUGGUGCGGUUUCCAGGGUGCAGUACAGCGGGGCCUGAAUACUGGCCCUAGAUUCCCUUUUCCAGAACACCAGGUGUGGCCGCCUGGGGCUUAGGUACACAGUGGGGCCUCUCAGAAGCCACCGUGUAGUUCCUUCACAGGCACGUUUAUUUUGCUGAAUAAAGGUUUGAAUCAGG